AUGUCGUUUGUGAUCCCAGCACACAGAGGCAUUGAUUUUAAACCAAGAGACUCUUCAAACGGGACCGGGAACUUCGACUUGGGAGUGUAUUGGCCCAAUCUUGUUAUCCUGAAUAACGUAAAAUUUGAUAAAUGUUUUUUCAACGAAGAGAGAGCGGUAAGUCUGUUUUCUUAUUUCAAAAAAUUUUAUAACUUCUAUUCUUGUCAGAUUCAAAUAAAAAUAUUGAAUAGAGACUCGUUCUCGCUCAGAGUACGGUACCCAAACACGGACAGUUCGGAAGAUGAACUUAUGUAUUUCUUUUUUCAUUCAAAAGGGGUCACAGAGGUGAGACAUUGAACGUUGAGCAGUAAUAAUUGUUUUUUUCAGUUUCUGUGCUACAAAGAUUUAUGUAUCACUAUCGAAUGGGGUUUCAGAGGCGAGCCGUGGGCAUUCACUACCUUCCCCGUCUUGCCCCCUGCCGAAUGGGAGUCUUUCAACAUCCCAUUGACAGAACAGAUUGAGGUGAGAUUUUCACCUACUCAUCAGAAAAUGUAUCGAUGUUUUGUUUUCAGAAAAAAGUCGGUUACUUCCAAAAUACAUCAAUGGAAAUCCAUGAGUACAAGAUUUAUCACAGUUAA